AUGGGAACGUUACAGAGGGAUCCCAUUGUUAAGAAUGUGCUUAAGAAUCUAUGCUGUUCUUAUGGAUGGUGUUAUGGUGUUUUUUGGAGUUUUGACCACCCAAAUUCAAUAUUCUUGACUAUGCAAGAUACCUAUUUUCAAGAGAAAUUUGGAGGUUUGAUCGAAGAUUUGCACCUACAAGUACCCAUGAUCGGAGGAGGGGUAAUUGGACAAGCUGCUUUUACCAAGCACCACCAAUGGAUAUCCUUAGAAAUUCCCAACAAAAGUGUACAAGAUUCUUCAAAUUCGAUCUGGGAUAUGUUUCUGGAUGAUUCUGAAUUUAAUUGCCAGUUUUCCUCUGGUAUAAAGACAAUUGCAGCAAUCCCAGUGGAACCACACGGAGUGGUACAGUUUGGGUCCACUGAAAAGAUUACGGAGACAUCGGAAUUUGUAAAUCAAACGAAAAGAAUGUUUUGGGAAAUUGUAAAUGUUAGAAUGCUUGAAAUUGCAUCUUGUUCUUCUGCAAACAGCCAAACUUGUCCUCCAAAUGGGUUGUUUCCGUACGAAGAUGCCUGUUUUAGAGAUGGUUCACUGGGACCCGCUUGUUCUUCGGUACAGUCGUGCUCUUUUAGCUCGAAUUCUCAAGCCAUGUUACUUGAUCAAAAUGAGCCCGUCACUUGGUUACAGCCAAACAAUCUUGUUCCCCUCCAGGAAUCAUUAGCAUCAGAAUCAAGAAAUCUUGAAUCUUGGAAUGCUUUUCCUACUCAGUCUAACACUUCUUUACCUUUGACAAACAAACAUCAGGAUUUGUUAGAUUUCGGAAUCCCGGAUGAAAUCCUGCAAACGGGUGAUCUCGAUAUUUCCCAAUGGAUUCCUCCGUCACCCGUCCAAACCAAUGACUUAAUAUCGCAAACCGAAAAACUUGUUCAUACGAAAACAAGCGAUUUCAUAUGCUCUACUGUUUCUGGGAAUACAGGAAACUGGGGAGGCGUUUUGAUGCCGGUUAACAAUGGAAGUCAUCUUAACUUCCAUUCCUACAAGUCAAUCAAGCAUGUUGUUAGUAAUGACUCUAAUGCCCUUGGUCCAAGGAAAGGAUUGUUCUCAGAACUUGGGAUUGAAAAGCUUUUGGAGGGACUUUCUUGUACUUCAAACGGAAUGCCACCUUCUUGCACCGACGAUCGUGUUUCUUCAGCAGUGAAAAGAAUGAAAACCGGGAAUUUUAUGAGUUCGUUACAGCCUGUUGUGUAUAAUAGUCUCGAGGGAAAGAAAGAGGCCAUGCCUAAGUCGCAGACAGGUCUAUGGAUGGCUAAUGCUUAUAGUAUGAACAGUUUGAGUCGGGUUUCACAAGCUAAGAAGGAAGUCGAACCUCAUAAGGCCACGGUUAAGAAAGCUAAACCAGGGACUCGACCACGGCCUAAAGACCGCCAGCAGAUCUUGGACCGUAUGGCUGAGUUGAGGGAACUAAUUCCAAAUGGUGAAAAGAUGAGUAUCGAUUGCUUGUUGGAUCGAACCAUCAAACACAUGCUUUUCUUGCAAAGUGUCACGAAGCAUGCUGACAGAGUCAAACAGGCCGAUGAACCAAAGGUGAGCCAAACUGUUCAGAGUUGUAAAGACAAGGAUCCAAGCUCCAACGGUGCAACAUGGGCUUGCGAACUGGGAAAUCAAACGAUGGUUUGCCCGCUAAUUGUUGAGGACCUUAGUACUCCUGGACACAUGCUUAUAGAGAUGCUAUGCGAAGAACAAGGAUUCUUUCUUGAGAUGGUUGGCGUAAUCCGAGGCUUUGGCCUCAUCAUCUUGAACGGAGUGAUGGAAGUACGCGAUAAGAUAUGGACACGCUUUAUAGUUGAAGCCGAGGUGAAAAGGCAUGUUACUAGGCACGAGGUGUUUUCAGCUCUCGUUCGGCUUCUACAAGUGACGUGCCUCGAUGAUAAUCAGGUUCCCAAUAAGGUUAUCGAAGCAACUAAUCCGCUAUUCGACAGUUAUGAGCAGUCUCUGGUGCAAAGCUUGCCCGAGACAGAAUAUUGCAUAAACUUAUAACCAAGUAUUUAUGAAAACUUUAACUUAACAGGUAAGGAGGUCGACAUCCUUACAAAAAGUAUUUAUUAACGCCGUUGAAUCGGCGGUUUUUCGUUUUGGGAUUUGGUUUUAGGUUUGA